CUAGCAACAUCGAAUUUACAGUUUUCAAUGGUGGAUGCGGCAACGUAUACGGCUUGUCACUGAAUUUAUUGAAUUUUUAGAGUAAUUCCCUUGCUAAGUAGAAGUUUAAUAUCUUAUCAAAAUGCGUCGCAGCAUGGGCCGUCGUGGUAAUAUGAACAAUACGGGCGGAGGACCGCUGAUGACCGAACAUUUACAGGACAUUGAUUUGGAAUUGGAGUUGCUGAAACGCAAGCGUGAGAUGAUUGAACAGCAACAACAUUUGCUGGCUAUGGAGCAACAAUUCAACUCAUCGAGACAAUCGUAUGAUCCAAUGCGAUAUGAUGAACCAGCACAGCAUGGUUCCAAUCGCGAUUUUACGCAUUUGUACGACUCCGGACCCAAAUACCGCAACCAGUAUGGCAAAAAACGCCAACCUGAAUUUGCCUGGCAAUAUGAUGGUUCUCCUAAAAGAACCGCACCACCAGCUAAAAAGAAAAAUCCUCAGCCCCCAUUUAACCAACAUCACCAAAGACCUUUUUCUGGUUCUGGCCAAGGUUCAAAGUAUCCCUCUAAAGGGCCUACGCCUCUCAUGGAUAUAAAGGUAAAACAAUCUAUAGGCCAACGGAUUGCGAACCAGAAACCUCCACCGAAGGCACCCCGUAGAGACUUCCCUCAGGGCAAAGUGUCAAAGCCAAAAGCGCCCCCUGCUCCUAACAAGCUGGCGUCCCACGACGUCGCCAAGCGUAAGGCUCUGGUGAGCGCUGCGACCGCGGCGGCAUCAGAUGCGGAUGUAUCGCGCAUGCUGCUGCCUGACCGCGUGCCCACGCAGCAAGUCAGCGGGCGCUUGGAACUGGCUUUGGGCGCGAUCAUGAAAAACAUCAGGGCUCUGAUCGAUAAAAACCCUGAGUACGGCUCUGUGUUACGCUGGGUCCAGCUGCAGCGUGUUAUGAAACAGGCUGUGAGAGAGCGUAUCCGGACCGUCAUGUUGGGAAAAGUGGUCGGCAGCCUGAAUGAAAUCCUUGCCGUGUACAGGGAGGAGUUCCCUGAAGAGACCGAUAUUGAUAUAGUAAAUAUAGCCCUCGAAGCCGGGGGGGUCGCACACGAGGAGCCAGAUAACAAUAUUAAGUUCAUUGAAUCAGCGGAACCAGAGAACUUCUACAAACUCAACAUGAGUUGCGCCAUCGAAUCGAAAUUGUUUGAAAUGUUUAACAAACUUGAAGAAAUGUAUGGACAGCCUCAAAAACACACGCUAGGAAAAGUCGAAGGGAUGUCAGGGAAAGCCGAAGAGACGCCAGGGAAAGCCGAAGAGACGCCCGGGAAAGCCGUAGAGACGCCAGGGAAAGCCGAAGAGACGCCAGGAAAAGCCGAAGAUUCGCCAGGAAAAGCCGAAGAGACGCAAGGAAAAGCUGAAGAGACACCAGGAAAAGCCGAAGAGGCGCCAGGAAAAGCCGAAGAGACGACUGGGAAAGCCGAAGAAACUACACCUACUAUUGACCUUCCAAAAGAAGCCGAGAAAAAUGCUAAAGCCAAGGAUGGCCCGGAAGAGCAUAAAAAGUUUAUGAACACUGAAAUUAAAGUGUUCGAAAUAAAACGGAUUUUACCGCGCAUAAUGAAGAGAUAUAUUCCGUACAUUGUCAAGCUCUUAAACGUGGAUGCGAUGUACCAAACUACGAAGGCAGCCAUAACAAUGAAAGCCUGUCAAAAAGCGUCGGCAAUCUUCGUCAAACAACUGCCUGAGGAAGUCCAGAGUGAUGUAAAGGCUACGGCUCAAGCUCAAGAGGCUCCCACUGAAGAGCGCCAGAAUAUGUACAACUUGCCUUAUUAUGUUAAGAUUAUGGGUCGUCCCACACUGCCAAAGCGGAAGGUGAUGCAAACAUUCCUGAACCAAUUCAACCCAAAGUCUAUAAAGAAACACAGGACUAUCCACAACUUGCUGUUUGUCGGAUUUUCAGAGAAAUCUGAUUUUGAUAUCAUGGUUGGCGCUGAUGGAACUAUGAUUGGACGAUGCAAGCUCAGCGUAAGAAUCUGUUCAAAGGGACCAAAUGCUGGACAAAACGGUGAGAAUACUGAUGAGAGCGCAUCCAAGGAUGAAAGUCAGACUGAAGCCAAAAACGGUGAUCAGAAUGGAUCCAAAACCGAUGAUCAAAAUGAAUCCAAAAGUGGUGAUAAGAGCAGUGACAUCAUAUCUAGUGACCUAGACUUCCAGAUCACAGAUCUCCUGUCUUCGAUAAGGAAGUCUGAAGAAGAAGAUAAGACUAAGGAUUCUGAUAACAGCAGUGCUGAAGUUCAACUUGCAGCUGAACAAGGCAAAAAUGAUACUGACAAAGCAAUUACUGAGAAAGAGGGAGAUAUUGCUAAAGACAAUCAAGAAAAUACUGAUAAAAUUGAAAAUAAGGAUACUGCUUCUGGGAAAGAUGGAACUAAAGAUGGUAAUACGGCUGAGAAAACCGGAGAUGUUAACGCCGUAUCACAAGAAAAUGGUGACUCAGAAAUGGCUGAGCCAGCUAAUGACCCUCAGGCCGAAAAUAUAGCAGUCAAAAAAGAACCAACAGAUACUGAAAAUACCAAUGGAUCUGACACUGUAAUGUCUGAAGUAAAUGAUAAUGCGAAGUCUGAAAACGGCGUCGGAACUGACAUAAAGACUGAAACUUCUGACGAUUCCAAGAAUGCUGGUGACAAUGCUCAGACUGGGCCACCAGAAACCAAAACAACGGAAGAAGAGAAGGCUGAUAAAGUUGCAGAGUUGAAGAGUAAUGCCUCUGGAAGGUCUACACCUUCGAGAACGUCGGCGCGAUUGGCUAACGUGACUCCUAGCACCAUUCGUACACGGCGAGCUAGCAGACUCGCAAAUAACUAAA